AUGCAAGCACUUGGUGGUAUGCGAAUGGUAUCGAUUGAACAGUUUGCUGAAGGAAUAGGACAAAUGAUCCUCAGUGGACACUUGGGACGAGUUUUCGACCGAAUCAGCAGGAAAACAGCAAUCAUGUCCGUCAUUCCUGUGAAUAAUCUGAGCAUCGUGUUGGCUGCUGCAAUGUUCAUUGGUCUCAACGCCACGCUAACAGCACUGGAUCAGCUGACAAACGUGAUUUCACCGAUCAUCACCGGGGUCCUUGUAACAGCAUGGAAUCUCCGUGUCACCUGCGCUAUUUUCGGUGGAUUUAGUUUAGUAUCAAUGGCAUCAAAAUCGUUCUUCUUAAGAGCGUUGUAUGUACGAAAGCCAAAACUCGCUCAUAAGGAUCGGAAGGAGACAAAUGAAAAAGCUAAAGAGAUAAAGUCGAUCAGUUCGAGAGUUGCCGCAGUGCUUGAGAGCAUUCCAGACGUUCUGCGGACGUACGUCCGUCAAACAGUGAUUGCCGCAGCGUUCGGCAUGGCACUACUGUUCAUGACUGUGAUGGGAUUCGAUGGUCUAGCUGUGGGAUAUGGACAAUCAGCUGGCCUGCCGGAUUAUGUGCUUGGCGCAUUUAGAUCCUAUGGAUCAGCAAUGGGGAUUUUCGGUGCACUUUCAUAUGCAUUCUUCGAACGUCGUCUAGGAGUACGGAAAACAGGUCUACUCGGACUAACGGUGAGAUUCGUUCGUUCAAAUAGUGAAGGAGCGUAUCAGCAGAAGUUGUGUGAAAAGCUGAUGCGCCAAAGCUACACUAAAUAUUCAUGA